AUGCUAGCAACGCUGUUCACCCUGGGGGCAGCCGGAACGGGUACGGGCAUUGCUUCCCUGACCACACAACAUCAGGGCCUGAUCACCCUGAGAGUCGCCAUUGAUGAAAACAUUGCACGAAUAGAAAAGUCUAUGAUGGCCUUAGAAAAAUCCCUAACCUCUUUGUCAGAAGUGGUGUUACAGAACAGACGAGGCCUAGACCUGAUCUUUUUACAACAACGGGGCCUCUGUGCAGCCCUCAAGGAAGAGUGUUGCUUUUACGCAGACCAUACAGGGGUAGUAAGAGAAUCCAUGGCCAAGGUAAGAGAAGGAGCAGAGCACAGAAAGAGGGAACGGGAAGCCCAGCAAGCGGCUCAACAUGGUCCAGCUGAUGGUGUUGCGAUAGCAGUACCAAGGGCUUCCAACAAACACUCUGUGACAAAAUUAACGGCAGACGCUCCCUGUCAUCCCAGCCACACCCUACCCCUCGCCGCCCCCGUUCAGCAGGAAGUAGCCAGAGAGAACCGGCGCCCCUUGUCCUAUAACAAAAAGGCCGGGAUGAAAGCAGAAGUUUUCGGUCUCUCAGGUCAAUAUCCGCCUCUGUGGGAUGAGAGUCCUGGUCAGUUCAGUGACUACAGUGUGGAGAAUGGAAAGUACAUUAUUGAUCCCUGGGUAUACCCUAAGAGAAUGGGCAUGUAUAAAAUCCUCCUGAACAAGACAGCCAGUUAUUUUGAAAAAUUUGCACCAGAUAAUGAACAAAAUUUUUUAUGGGGAUUAGCUUUGCAGCAUGGCUGGCAAUUUACAUCAGGCAGAUUGGUUGAUCCCACCCAAACGACAGACUGUGGCUAUGAAUCUGGAGAUCGUUUGUGCAUCUCUGUGGACAGUUGGUGGGCCGAUUUGAAUUACUUUCUGUGUGCACUGCCCUUCCUCGCUGCGGUGGAUGCUGGCAUAAUGGGGAUAUCAUCAGACCAAGUGCUGCUUGUGCCGCCACCCAAAGACCAGACAAAGUUCUGUCUUAGUGCUUCUAGUUGCCAGUUGUCCUAUCCUUCGUCGAUGAGGAAGUGGAAUGCUCUUUACAAGCAUUUGCAGUCACCUUCUAGUAGCUUUGAGGACUUGUUGAAGUACAUGUGGGAGGCACACGUCUCAACCUUGAAUGAUGGCUACAAAAUUUUUGAAGACAGGUUUGAAUAUUAUUCUAAACCAGAAGCGGGUUUUGGGAAAGAUUGGAGCGUGUUUGUGGACUAUGUAGCUGCUGCCAACUUUCCCACGAUCUUUAGUACAGUAUCUGCAUUCCAGAAGGCCCUGCCACCACGAGUGCUUGUGGAUGGGGACAGAGCUCCCUUUAUCAGCGACUUUACUGACGUUCAGAACAUAGUCCUGCUUGGUCUAAAUCUUGUUGGUGAAGUGGAUAGAGCAACAGAUUCUCUGGUCAUUGAGCACAUCCAAGCAAACAAAGCCCCCAAGAUGCGGCGCUGGACUUACAGAGCUCACGGUCGGAUCAACCCCUACAUGAGCUGUCCCUGCCACAUUGAGACGAUCCUUACUGAAAAAGAACAGAUUGUUCCUAAACCAGAAGAAGAGGUUGCAUAG